AAUUAGGUUUCGUAAGCCAGCUACUGCCACACUUUGUUUCUGUUUCCGCCGAGUUGCAAAACAGAAAAGAGGAGAGGCCAAGAGAAGAGAUCGCAGGUUGCGUCCAGAGUGAAACGCAAGAGGUUGAAGAAGAGGCCCUUGCUAUCCACAUCACAUACCUUCGCAAUUUCAUUUUGAUCACGCUUGCUUUGCCCCUUUCUACACUCACAAACCCUAACCUAUUUUUUUCUUCUUCUUGUUUUAAUGUUAUUUAUCUUGGCUCUUCAAUUUAAUUUUUGAUUUUUGAUACAAUUUUUGUCCACAGAUUCGUUUAUUUAUCUGCCAAUUUAUUUAUCCAUGCUCUUGUUUAUACACUGAUCGAUCAUCUAUCUAUCUAUCUCUUUUUGGCGAAAUCGGAAACCCUAAUCGGCAAUGGUUACCACCACAGUUGAUUCUUCCUCUAAUCAUCACUCCCCCACUAGUGUUGCAGAAAACCCUAACUUCCCGCGAAAAAACCUGCCUUCACCGUGGGCCCAGGUUGUUCGCGGUGCUGAUUCCGAGCCUAACCACCAAUCGCCGCCUUCUUCUUCCUCUUCGUCGUCCCUUGAUUCUGUUACUUCCAAUGGGGCCUCUGCAGCCGUUGAUGCCUGCGAUGCUGCUGUGAAACCCGCAUGGAAGAGACCCUCCAAUGAGGUCGCGGAUGUUGGGCCUGGGCCUGUAAUGGGCGCUGUCUCUUGGCCCGCGUUGUCCGAGUCCACCAAGCCCGCUGCUAAAUUAACAUCUGAAUCCUCUGCUAAGACUGCCACUGACGAUGGGUCACUCACCACCCCUCAGGGGCCUGUUAUUUCAGACUCCCCUCAGAAACAAGGUACUGGUAAUGUGAAACCUAGUCCUGCAAUGAACCAUGGUAUGGUUAAUAGGCAAAGAUCAAUGAAGCGUGGAGGGGCUAAUAGCAAUAAUGUUGUGCCUGGUCCUGCUCAGAACAACUUCUCUACACCUUCCCCAAAUCUUUCUCCACCACCUCCACCACCCUUUCCUGUGCUUCAGAUGCCUCCAAGUACAUUUGCGCAUGGGAUACCAGGGGCUCCAGUUCCUAUACCUAGGGAUCCUUACAGGAAUAAUAACUGGGAUACAAGGCCUCCACUUGGGGGUUUUAUGCCGCCAAUGAAUGAGCAUCGGAGUCCCUCUCGCAGGAGCAAUGCCGGGCACCAUCCGCGGGAUGGUUCCUAUCAUAACAGUUAUGGCAACAGGCGUGAUCAGGAUCGUGGGAGUUAUGCAAAUACUAGAGAUACUCAUGUAAAUCAACAGAGGAUACCUCCUAGGGGAUUAAUGAGGCCCCCACCACCUAAUCCUGCUUCAUUCAUGGGGCCUCAGCCUAUCCGUCCCUUUCCAAACCCUGCUGGUUUUCCUGAAUUCUAUUAUUUCCCAACACUACAAUUUGAAUCCUUUGGGGGCAUGCCAUUCUUCACACAUGCACCUCCGCCUGCAAUGUUCUUCCCGGUUGCAGAAACUCCGCUCACCAAUACAAUAGUCAACCAAAUUGAUUAUUACUUUAGUGAUGCUAAUUUAGUGAAGGAUGAGUAUUUAAGGUCCAACAUGGAUGAACAGGGAUGGGUUCCUAUUACUUUGAUUGCAAGCUUCCCACGUGUUAGAAGUUUGACAAGCAACAUUAAACUGAUACUGGAUUCAUUGAGAACUUCCACUGUCGUGGAAGUGCAGGGCGACAAGUUGAGGAGGCGUAAUGAGUGGAUAAAGUGGCUGCCCUCAGCUCAACUUCGUGCCAAGGCUGGUUCAAUAUCCCCUAGCGGAUCAAGUUAUAAUAACCUAGCAGCUGAUUUUGAGAAGAUCACAGUAGAUGAGACUAUUACAGAAGAUGUUAAUUCUGUGCCUACCACAAAUGAUGCUGCUGCUGAAGGAGAGUUCUCCAGUCAGUCCCAAGUUCCAAAUGGUGAUGCUACUACUGCAAGUAGCAACUAAAAUUCAGCACAAUUUAUCUACCCAUCCCAAAAUACUUGGCCCAUUCUAGUAUCUGGCCCUGUGUGACUCUUGAUUUUAAAAGGGUUUUUUUUUUGGAGGGGUUGGUAGGAUAGGUUGUUUGGAAGUUUGAUUCCUUUCUACAGUGACUGAGGUCGAUUUUGGUAGCAAUUGAAUCAAAUAGGGAAAGAAAUAAGAAUUCUUCGGAAUUAUUAUGGUCUAAAGAAAAAGAAAGAAGUAAACGAGACAGAAGAAAUCUAGAAUUUUGAUGGAGGUGAAUUUAUUGAGUUUUUUUUUUUUUGUAUAGCUUUAUAUUUGUUGCGGCUGAUUUAUUCUUUA